AAGAGGGACCAGCAUCUCGGAGGAUCAUUAACCCGGAAGCGCUUACUCAGGGUCAGCCCACAGAAGCUGUGGUCCAGAGCGGGCCGUGGCCGCACUGCAUGCUAACAAUCAGAGCGUGUAAUUGGAACUUGGUCCUAAGAGUCACCCGGGUGGUGCUGGUUUUGAAAGCUUGAAGAGGCCAUGGGGAGCAGCUGAGGUUUGGCACUGUGUGGCAGGGCUGGAGUCCCGGAAGAGAGCCCAGGAGAGGCUGUGGUGGAGGUGCGCUCUGGUGGCAGCAGAAGCCGCAGGAUUGAAGGGACCGUGGAGAGAAGCCAGGACUUGGAGCCAGGUGGCAGGGUCAGAGCUUCAAAGAGAGUCUGAGAGCGGCUAUGGUUGAAGGUGCAGCCCAGUUGCAGAGACCCCAACGUUGGGGAGAUGCCAGUACCGUGGGACAAUCACCAAGGACAGAAGCAGCCGUGUGCGGAGCCAGCCUGAGCUCGGAGACAAGCCGUGUGACAAGCCCUUUGGGGCCCAGCAAAUCAUUGCACAAAAAUCCAACUGCACCUUGAUUGUCUCUGCUGACCUUGGGCCACGUUUCUGGUUUUUCCCACUUGGGUGCUUUGCUCUACAUGUUUGCUGCAGUCUCUGGGAUGGAGGUCAUCAUGGUGGACAUCAGAGAAGGGAGGGAGGGGACGACAAGCUGUGACCACAGGCCUCCACCAAGGCAUCGGCUGACUCUGGAACCCUCUGAAACAGGAAGUGCGCCUCAGAGUUGUUCCUUCGACCCGACUGACCAGUCACUCCUCUAGCUUGCUCUCGGCAGGAAAAGCAGCCUCAGACAAGGCAGUCUUCCUCAGCUGAGGCAACAGUCAGCAAAGGCUGGAAGCUGACAGUUAGGGGCCCUUUUUUGGCCCGGAGCCCUCCAAACUUGGGGCCUGAGGCUUGUAUGCCUCAGGAGAGAAUCUGCAGGCUCCAUCUGCAGGCUUCCGGAGCACCGCCCUGCAUCUCCUGGAGCACUGCCCUGCAUCUUCUGGAGCACCGCCCUGCAUCUCCUGGAGCACCGCCCUGCAUCUCCUGGAGCACCGCCCUGCAGUUCCUGGAGCACCGCCCUGCAUCUCCUGGAGCACUGCCCUGCAUCUCCUGGAGCACCGCCCUGCAUCUCCUGGAGCACCGCCCUGCAUCUCCUGGAGCACCGCCCUGCAUCUCCUGGAGCACCGCCCUGCAGUUCCUGGAGCACCGCCCUGCAUCUCCUGGAGCACUGCCCUGCAUCUUCUGGAGCACCGCCCUGCAGUUCCUGGAGCACCGCCCUGCAUCUCCUGGAGCACCGCCCUGCAUCUCCUGGAGCACCGCCCUGCAUCUCCUGGAGCACCGCCCUGCAUCUCCUGGAGCACCGCCCUGCAGUUCCUGGAGCACCGCCCUGCAGUUCCUGGAGCACCGCCCUGCAGUUGCUGGAGCACCACCCUGCAGUUGCUGGAGCACCGCCCUGCAGUUCCUGGAGCACCGCCCUGCAGUUCCUGGAGCACCGCCCUGCAGCUCCCAUCUGCUGGAGAGUGUGUUGACUGUACUUAGGAAUUCUGAAACUGUUGUUGAUGAGGUCUAUCUGCGGUUGUGAAGGUAGCUUGGGGAGAGAGUUAAACUAUCCUGCACGAAGCCCAUGGGUUUGAUCUGCCUUACUACAGCAGCAGCAGCAGCAACACAGAAAGCAUUAAAUCUCCUGAAUCCAACAUUUUGUUAUUAUGUAGUAAGCCCUGAUUCCAGUAAAUAACUUUUACCUUGGAAUCUAUUUUGCUUGGUAUUUCCUUUUAUUCUUUGGAGACAGGGCUUUCACUGUGUGGCUCUGACUGGCCUGGGACUCACUGUGUAGACCAGGCUGGCCUCAAAUUCACAGGAAUCAGCCUGCCCCUGCUUCCCAAGUGCUAGCACUAAAGUUAUGCACCAUG